UUUCGGAAAACAAAACCGCUGACCACCAUCCCCCAGCUCCUCUGCCCCCUCGAGCGCACCCCCAUCAUCCUCUGCGUAGGUCUCAACUACCGCAAACACGCCGAAGAAUGCAAUCUAACCAUACCCACCUACCCAACAAUCUUCACCAAACCCCCCGACGCCCUCACCGGCCCCCUCACGCCAAUCCCCAUCCACCCAUCCUGCACGUCCCAACUCGACUACGAAGGCGAACUAACCUUCAUCUUCGCCCGCGACGCCAAAAACGUGCCCGCCUCGGCCUUCCAAUCCUACAUCCUCGGCUACACAGCCGGCAACGACGUCUCCGCGCGCAACUUCCAGCUCCCCGCCAGCGUCUCGGGGGGCCAAUUCGGCUACGCGAAGAGUUUCGAUGGUUUCGCGCCCAUUGGGCCUGCGGUCGUGGCGCCGCAUCUCGUGCGCGAUCCGCAGGCCGUAAGGCUCGAGACGAGGGUGAAUGGCGAGCGGCGGCAAGCGACGUCGACGGAUGAUAUGAUUUGGAGCAUUGGGCAGAUUGUGGAGCAUGUUACGAGGGGCACGACGGUGAGGAGGGGUACGGUCGUUAUGACGGGGACGCCGAGCGGGGUCGGGUUGUUUAUGAGUCCUCAGGGUUUCCUGAGGGAUGGGGAUGAGGUCGAGGUGAGUGUCGAGGGGGUUGGGGCGUUGGGGAAUCGGAUUGUUUUUGAGAAGGAGUGA